CCUAUUGCAACAGGAGGGAGGAGGAUAUACAGAGGUUACUUAAAAGCCCCAACUUUUUCAGGCUUCUAUUGCACUUCAGAAAUUCUGCAAGGGAGAAGGGAAAAAAAAGACUAUCUGAAACGAAGGAUGUCUGAAACAACAAGCACCAACGAGGAAAAGAAAAAACCUCCCCUGAAUGGAAGACGAGCCAUCCCAUCAAACAACUCCAAUGAGGAAGAAAAUGAGGUCCCUGAGAUAGAGGCUUUUGGAUUGAUACCUAGAGGAUUUAAUCCAAAAGAUUACCUGCGAGUUGUGGACAUUCAUAUGUUCAAGGAGCCCCACGAGAUCAACAAGCAGCAGCACCACACUGACAAGUACUACAGCCCCAAGCUGAUAGUGCGUCGGGGACAGAUUUUCCAAAUCCAGAUUGACUUCAAUCGACCCUACAAUACAGAGACAGACCAGUUCUGGCUGGAGUACUUGAUAGGUCGUUACCCACAGCAAAACAAAGGCACCUACAUCCCGAUCCUAGUAGGUAAUGUGCUGAAACCUGGUGAGUGGGGAGCCAAAAUUACCCACAGAGACAACAACUCCAUUCGCCUGUCCAUCAUGUCCUCUGCCACCUGCAUCGUUGGGAAGUUUCGCUUGUAUGUUGCUGUCUGGACUCCCUUUGGCAUCAUCCGGACACAAAGAAACUCAGCAACCGACACUUACAUCCUGUUCAAUCCCUGGUGCCAGCAGGAUGCCGUGUAUCUGGAUGAUGAGAAGGAAAGGGAAGAAUAUGUCCUGAAUGAUGUUGGUAUUGUUUUCCAUGGAAACAUCAACGACAUAAAAUUAAGAAGCUGGAGUUACGGUCAGUUUGAAGAGAACAUUCUGGAUGCUUGCCUGUUCCUGAUGGACAAGGCAGAACUGGAGCUCUCUGGGCGUGGAAACCCAAUCAAAAUCUGCCGUGUUGCUUCAGCAGUGAUCAACUCCAGGGAUGAUAAUGGUGUGAUUGCUGGAUCCUGGGACAAUACAUACACUUAUGGUGUCGCACCUUCAGCCUGGACAGGAAGUGUGGAUAUUCUCUUGGAGUACUACAGUUCUAAGCAGCCUGUGCGGUAUGGCCAGUGCUGGGUCUUUGCUGGUGUCUUCAAUACAUUUCUAAGGUGCCUGGGGAUACCUGCAAGACUCAUUACCAACUAUAGUUCUGCCCAUGAUAACAAUGCCAAUUUACAGUUGGACUUCUUUCUGGAUGAAGAAGGGAAACUGGACACCAAACUGACAAAAGACUCUGUCUGGAACUAUCAUUGCUGGAAUGAAGCUUGGAUGACCAGACCUGAUCUUCCUGUUGGUUUUGGAGGAUGGCAGGUUGUUGAUGGGACACCCCAAGAAACCAGCGAUGGUAUGUACAGGUGUGGCCCAGCCUCAGUUCAAGCCAUUAAACAUGGUCACGUUUGCUUCCAAUUUGAUGCUCCUUUUGUCUAUGCUGAGGUGAAUAGUGAUAUUGUUUUCUCAAGAAGGCAGAAAAACGGAAUCCAAAUGAUAGAAAAAAUUGACACAACCCAUGUUGGGCAGUUGAUUGUGACCAAGGAAGUUGGGGGUGAUGGAAUGAUGGAGAUUACUGAGGAGUACAAGUUCCAAGAAGGCUCAGAGGAGGAGAGACUGGCUCUUGAGACUGCUGUGAUGUAUGGCGUUAAAAAGCAAAGUACUCAAGAUGGGUAUCAGCCACAAACAGACGUUGACAUGGACUUCCAAGUGCAAAAGGCAGUCCUUGGCAGUGACUUUAAAGUCACUAUAACUUUCAGGAACAGAAGUCGCAACUACUACACUGUUACUGCCUACCUUUCAGGCAACAUAGUGUUUUAUACAGGAGUCGCAAAAAGUGAAUUCAAGAAACACUCUUUCAGUGCAAAACUGGAACCCUCUUCGUCUAGUGCUUUUGAUGUUGUGAUCAAAGCAAGUGAGUACAUGAGUGACCUGCUGGACCAAGCCUCCUUUCAUUUCUUUGUGACGGCACAAAUCAACGAAACAGGGAAGAUUCUGGCCGUGCAGAAGGCGACAGUUCUGGAGGUUCCUGCCCUGCGGAUCAAGACCCAAGGUGAGCUGGUAUCUGGUAAAGUAAUGUCUGUGACUGUGGAAUUCACCAAUCCUCUGAAACAAACCCUGGAGAAUGUCACUCUUCGCCUCGAGGGACCUGGCGUGCUGAGAACGAUGAAAAAGGAGUUCAGGCAAAUCCCACCGAACUCUACCUUGAUCUGGGAAGUAAAAACUGUCCCAAGACAACCAGGUUUACGAAAGCUGAUUGCAAGCCUGGAUUCUAAUGCUUUGAGGCAUGUGUAUGGUGAGCUGAACAUCCAGGUUCAGAAACCAUGAACAAGGAUGCUGCCUUCAUCUCUCAUUUAGCUAUAUUUCAAAAUAUCAUGGUGGGGGGAGGGAAGGGGAAGAGGUGGAAAUUUGCUUAUUGUUAUUUUGGUCAUCCUUGUGCUGAACAAAAAUUUCAUAAAGAAACCUAACUUGGUAAGACUGGGGAGAGCACGAAAAAGCACCUGAAUGAUUUAAAAUUAGAUACAUGUAAUUAAAGACAAUUCUAGGCCAUAUUA